GGGUGUCACUCCUGCCCGCAAUGGAAUGUUCAGAACGCGGGACCUCCUUGGGUUAGGAUUUCUAGACCCCGUAAUCGCCUUGGUAAGAUUUAGGAUUUCUGGACCCCAGCGUCAUCUUGAUAUGACUUAGGAUCCAUAAUGACCCUGGUCUCACCCUGAUGCGAAUUGGGAUUUUUAGAUCCUGGCAUCACCCUGGCGCGAUUUAGGAUUUUUAUACUCAGUCAUUGCUGCAGCAUGAUUUAGGAUUUCUAAACCCCAGCAUCGCCCUGGUUUGAUUUAGGAUAUUUAGACUCCGGCUUCCUUCUGGUGCGAUUCAGGAUUUUUAGACUCCGCCGUUGCCGUGGCGCGAUUUAGGAUUUAUAGAUCCCAGCAAAGCCCUGGUGCGAUGUAGGAUUUUUAGACCCCGCCAUUGCCGUGGUGCGACUUAAAGGAUAGACCCCAGCAUCGCCCUGGUGCGAUUUAGAAUUUUUAGAACCCCGGUAUCUCCGUGGCACACCUUAGGAUUUCAAGAACGGGAUAAUCGCAGUGCCCAGAUCGCCGCGGUACAGCUUAGGAUUUCAAGACCCAGCUAUCACGGUGGCGGGAGUCACCGCAGAGUGACUAGAACUCGCAGUGCCCAUCAGCCGCCUUAAGUAUUUUUCAGAUUUCAGUAACAAGCACGAGUGAGAACGGCGAUGUGACCAAACUGUCAUGUUGCGCAGGGAUUGUUCACCUUGGUUUCGCGGGUUUUCAAAGUGGUUCGUCUCGCGGCGACGCCAUCAGAUUGGAAUGAUGAACAAAUAUGGCGAGUGCUAUGGCAGACAGAGGUUCGAUUAUAGUCUCGGUCAGCUUUGUGCCUAUGUGAAGGGCAAUGUAAUCAUUGCAUGGAUGAGGGAGUGGUGGGUCCAGGUGGGGCUGCUGGCCGUGCCCCUGCUUGCUGCGUACCUGCACAUCCCACCCCCUCAGCUCUCCCCUGCCCUUCACUCAUGGAAGUCUUCAGGCAAGUUUUUCACUUACAAGGGACUGCGUAUCUUCUACCAAGACUCUGUGGGUGUGGUUGGAAGUCCAGAGAUAGUUGUGCUUUUACACGGUUUUCCAACAUCCAGCUACGAUUGGUACAAGAUUUGGGAAGGUCUGACCUUGAGGUUUCAUCGGGUGAUUGCCCUUGAUUUCUUAGGUUUUGGCUUCAGUGACAAACCGAGACCACAUCACUAUUCCAUAUUUGAGCAGGCCAGCAUCGUGGAAGCGCUUUUGCGGCAUCUGGGGCUCCAGAACCGCAGGAUCAACCUUCUUUCUCAUGACUAUGGAGAUAUUGUUGCUCAGGAGCUUCUCUACAGGUACAAGCAGAAUCGAUCUGGUCGGCUUACCAUAAAGAGUCUCUGUCUGUCAAAUGGAGGUAUCUUUCCUGAGACUCACCGUCCACUCCUUCUCCAAAAGCUACUCAAAGAUGGAGGUGUGCUGUCACCCAUCCUCACACGACUGAUGAACUUCUUCGUAUUCUCUCGAGGUCUCACCCCAGUCUUUGGGCCGUAUACUCGGCCCUCUGAGAGUGAGCUGUGGGACAUGUGGGCAGGGAUCCGCAACAAUGACGGGAACUUAGUCAUUGACAGUCUCUUACAGUACAUCAAUCAGAGGAAGAAGUUCAGAAGGCGCUGGGUGGGAGCUCUUGCCUCUGUAACUAUCCCCAUUCAUUUUAUCUAUGGGCCAUUGGAUCCUGUAAAUCCCUAUCCAGAGUUUUUGGAGCUGUACAGGAAAACGCUGCCGCGGUCCACAGUGUCGAUUCUGGAUGACCACAUUAGCCACUAUCCACAGCUAGAGGAUCCCAUGGGCUUCUUGAAUGCAUAUAUGGGCUUCAUCAACUCCUUCUGAGCUGGAAAGAGUAGCUUCCCUGUAUUACCUCCCCUACUCCCUUAUCUGUUGUGUAUUCCACUUAGGAAGAAAUGCCCAAAACAGGUCCUGGCCAUCAAACAUUAUUCUCUCACAAAGUCCACUUAAAUUGGUGAACAGUGUAUAGGAAGAAGCUAGCAGGAGCUCUGACUAAGGUUGACAUAAUAGUCCACCUCCCAUUACUUUGACAUCUGAUCAAAUGUAUAGACUUGGCUUGGUUUUUGUGCUAUUAGGAAAUUCUGAUGAGCAUUACUAUUCACUGAUGCAGAAAGACGUUCUUUUGCAUAAAAGACUUUUUUAACACUUUGGACUUCUCUGAAAUAUUUAGAAGUGCUAAUUUCUGGCCCACCCCCAGCAGGAAUUCUAUAGUAAGGAGGAGAAGAAGGGGGUCUCCUUCCCUCUCCUUGAAUGACGUUAUGGGCACAUGCCUUUUAAAAGUUCUUUAAGCAACACAGAGCUGAGUCCUCUUUGUCAUACCUUUGGAUUUAGUUUCAUCAGCUGUUUUUAGUUAUAAACAUUUUGUUAAAAUAGAUAUUGGUUUAAAUGAUAUAGUAUUUUAGGUAUGAUUUAAGACUAUGAUUUACCUAUACAUUAUAUAUAUUUUAUAAAGAUACUAAACCAGCAUACCCUUACUCUGCCAGAGUAGUGAAGCUAAUUAAACAUAUUUGAUUUCUGAAUAAAUUGAACUAAAUCCAAACUAUUUCCUAAAAUCACAGGACAUUAAGGACCAAUAGCAUCUGUGCCAGAGAUGUACUGUUAUUAGCUGGGAAGACCAAUUCUAACAGCAAAUAACAGUCUGAGACUCCUCAUACCUCAGUGGUUAGAAGCAUGUCUCUCUUGAGCUACUGUAGAGGGGAAGGGAUUGUUGUGUAGUCCCAGUCACCAUGCUGAAUGUACACUGAUUCCUUUAUGAUGACUGCUUAACUCCCCAUUGCCUGUCCCAGAGAGGCUUUCCAGUGUAGCUCAGUAAUUCCUGUACUUUACAGACAGGAAAGUUCCAGAAACUUUAAGAAGAACAAACUCUGAAAGACCUAUGAGCAAAUGGUGCUGAAUACUUUUUUUUUUAAGCCACAUUUCAUUGUCUCAGUCAAAGCAGGAUUAUUAAGUGAUUAUUUAAAAUUCAUUUUUUUAAAUUAGCAACUUCAAGUAUAACAACUUUGAAACUGGAAUAAGUGUUUAUUUUCUAUUAAUAAAAAUGAAUUGUGACAAAA